AUGUCAAAGUUUAAAACUAUCGAGUCAUUCUUCAAAAGAAAAGAAGUUGAUGUUCCAGAAAGUAAUCCACCAUUGAAUUUUAAUGCUGAAACUUCAAAUCUCAAAGAACGUCCUCUUAAAUCUCAAAGGAUUGAAGUUGAAGAACAUCCUUAUGAAUCUCUAAUUGUGGAAGCUCAAGAGAUUCCUUUUAAAUCCUCCACGCUUAAUGUUAACGAAGUUGAUGGUUUUUCUAUAGAACGGGAUCCAGGAAAACGUCCUCCGAUGUGGGACUAUCCAGUCAAUCGACGUGAUGAAAUAAGAAUGGCUUAUUUGAAAGCACAUCCAUAUCAAAUUUUGCGUAAAGACUAUCCAUUUUCUGGACCAAAAAAUCAUCUCCGUCGUUUUCAAGCUUCAUGGUUCACACAAUUUUCAUCUUGGCUUGAAUAUUCUCCUACUACAGAUGCCGCAUAUUGUCUACCAUGUUAUCUUUUUACAAUGAAACCAGUUGGACGUCAUGGAUGGGAUGUAUUUAUCACCAAGGGAUUUAGAAAUUGGAAAAAGGUUAACGAUGGAAAGAAAUGUGCCUUUUUGACUCAUAUUGGAGAGGAUCCUUGUUCACCCCAUAAUAAUGCUGUGAAAUCUUGUGAGGAUUUAAAACAACAAUCACAGCAUAUCGAUAAAUUAUUGAAUGCACAAAGUACUGAACAAAUUCAAAAUAAUCGACUACGUGUAAAAACUUCUAUUGAUGUUGUUCGGUGGCUUGCAUUUCAAGGAUGUGCUUUUAGAGGUCAUGAUGAGACUCCUGAUUCAAAAAAUCGAGGUAAUUUUCUUGAGAUGAUUAAAAUUUUGGCAUCAUAUAAUGAAAAAGUUGCAACAGUUGUUUUGGAAAAUGCUCCUAAAUCUGCAAAGUAUACUUCACAUAGAAUUCAAAAGGAGAUUUUGCAAGUCAUGGCAAGUAAAGUGCGAGAUAAAAUUCGUGAAGAUAUUGGAGACUCUAAAUUUUGUAUUAUUGUUGAUGAAGCACGAGAUGAGUCUAAAAGAGAACAAAUGGCUAUUGUUCUGAGAUUUGUUGACAAAUAUGAUUUUAUACAAGAACGCUUCUUUGAUCUUGUUCAUGUUAAAGAUACAUCGGCAUUGACUCUCAAGAAUAAAAUAUCUGAUGUUCUUUCUCAUCAUGGACUUGACAUUCAAAAUAUUCGUGGACAAGGAUAUGAUGGUGCUAGCAAUAUGCGUGGUGAAUGGAAAGGAUUGCAGGCAUUAUUUCUUAAUGAUUGUCCUUAUGCAUACUAUGUUCAUUGUUUUGCUCACCGAUUGCAAUUAGCAUUAGUUGCUGCAUCUAGAGAAGUGGUUUCUGUUCAUGAGUUCUUCACAAAUUUGAAUUUCAUUAUCAAUAUGGUUGGUGCUUCAUGUAAACGUCACGAUCAACUACAAGCUGCUCAAGCAGAAAAAAUUGCACAUAUGCGAGCUAUUGGUGAUCUUAAAACUGGAAAAGGAGCUAACCAAAUUGGCACUUUGAAACGAGCUGGUGAUACUCGUUGGGGUUCUCAUUAUAAUUCUAUUUGCAGCCUAAUAAGUAUGUUUAAUGCUACUUGUUCAGUGCUUGAAAUAAUUAGAAGAGAAUGA